AUGACGGUGGGCACCCGGCUUCGUGCCAAGCUGGGCCGCCGCACCUCCGGGAGGCGGGAGGAGGAGGGCACCGCCAUCCUGCCCCCCCAGGACCAGCUGGAGGACGAGGAGGAGGAGGGCCCCGCCAUCCAGCCCCCCCAGGACCAGCUGGAGGACGAGGAGGAGGAGGGCCCCGCCAUCCAGCCCCCCCAGGACCAGCUGCAGUUGGAGGAGGGCCCCGCCAUCCAGCCCCCCCAGGACCAGCUGCAGUUGGAGGAGGGCCCCGCCAUCCUGCCCCCCCAGGACCAGCUGCAGUUGGAGGAGGGAGCGGGACUCGGAGAGCAGCCGGGCCGGUCCAGGGCUCCCCGACCCAAGAGGGUCCACCUCGCCUUCCUCCCGGAGAGGUACGAGCUGCUGGAGGAGCAGGGGGCCGCCCCCGCGAAACCCCCCAAGAAAUAUCGGAGGAAGCUGAAGAAGUACGGCAAGAACGUCGGCAAAGUGCUCACCAAGGGAUGCCGCUACUUAGUCAUUGGCCUGCAAGAACUAGCCAACGCCUACUCGGCCCCCUUUGGAGUGGCCGCCACCUUGGCGUCAUUGGUCCGUUAAGGGGAGCAACGAAGGCUGGAACCCCAUCAGUCUCAGGACCGGAAGGCUUGGAUCUCCAAACCCGAUAAAGUGAACACACAUGGUU